UGUAGAUCUCAAUGUACUCUCGAGCUCACUCUCAUCAAGCAAAUUGACUCUGGAAGUCUUCCAUUUUCACAUUGGAAAGUGUUCCUGGAGAUCUGGAGUUUGGAACGAUUGUUUUGACCACAUUCAUGGCCACAUGUCUUUCCACGACUACCCACAGUUACGCACCUUGCAUGUUUCUCUCCAGGCACUGGUUGGAAGCCGUGAACAACCGGCAAAGCUUACACCAAAGCUCCCCAAAUCACCAACAACUCUCUGGAUCAACCUCGACGGGUUCGAUUUUCCAGAAGAAGACGAACCUGGUACUAUGCCUAUGCACAGUACAGGAGCCAUCAUCUCCAUCGUAUCGGAUUAUCUGAAUCAAUGGAAUCUCUAUACGCCUUUGCUCAAGAAUCUGAAGCUUCUCGUCUAUCAAGUACCAUAUCUUGUCUGGGACCAGUGGGAUCCUGACCUCCUUUCUGACAUCUUGAUACCCCUCGGUCAAGAAGUAGGUGUGCAAGUCUGCGUUGAUGUGGUUCAAUAUCGAUGUAUGGGUGUUGACCCUGGCACGUUCGAUCUCGCAAGACAGGGGCCCCCUUACUUCAGUCAGGAGCUCAUUGAUGAGCAUCGGAUGGAGGAGAAUGGACCGAACUCUGGGAGUCAUUACAUUCCGCUUGGUGUGGAUCUGGACCAGAGGUGAUGACAAGCAUCCAUUUCCGGAAUGCAUAUCGGAAAUAUACCCCCCCCCCCCCCGGG